UGACCCGAUACUGGCCAAGCUACACACACGCCUCGAGCUCUCUUCACCGAGCUGAUCUACACCAUACUCAGGCUUAGGCUGACAUUGGCACGGUUAGCAGGAAACCGUGAUUCAAAGUUUUCGCCGCUUCAUUGCGACGUCUCAAUACAAAGGUUUCUCCAUUAUUGCGCUUCAGGGCCCGCAAUGGGGGAUGAUCUUCUAGACUUCGUCAUCAACCAUGUGUUCAUGCCUCCCAAGUUGCCCCAAGAGGCGGAUGAGAGUCCGGAGCGCAUAGAUUUUCUUUUGUCAACUAUUCGCAAGAGCAUGAAGCUUUACAGACAGCAGCAUGCUGCGCCUGAGCACCAAGCAUUGUGGGAUUCAUUAUUGAAAAUGGUGGGUACAUUGCGACGAAUCAACAUAGACCCCGAGGUUGGAAUCAGCGAAUGCAUCAAAAGAAGGAACACUGGAGAUACAAUCGCCAUUUUUGUCCAUGCUCAAAACGCGGGUGUGAUCAUCCGUUGUGGUGAGGAGGAAACAAUUUUCGAAAUUUUCGAAGCAUCACCGAUGAAUACAGCCGUGAUGCGCUGCACAGGGAAGCUUAUCCGCUCCUUUCCUGGACCUGCAAUUGCCCUUCGAAACAAUGUUAUGCAGGAUCCGGAUUUUCUAGAAGAAUUGGCCGCAUUCCUAACCCAGAUGUACGGGGGCCAACGUGAGGAUGAGGGCGUGGUGGACGGUGAUCAACUGCUGGACGAGGACAUAGUAGAUCACGAUUAUUUGCAAGAUGAGGACACAAUGAAUGGCGAUCAGCUGCGGGAAGAGGGCACUAUGGACGGCGAUCCACCGCUGGAUGAAGACACAAUGGACAGCGAUCCAUGGGAACGCGAGAACGGCACAUUCGCAUUCGCACCCCGAUGGCGAUGGGGUUCCACGGAUAGGCGCACAACCCAUCCGAAGUACAUCACUGAAUUGCUGACCGGGAUACUCCGUGGACUAGGAGAGCCUGCCGACAUUCCUCUCAUCCAGAAGAGGACAUCGGACGAUGUUUUGCAGCAUGCGGAUGAUAUUGUCCCAUGGAGGCGCAGCUCCCUCUGGCUCGUUGUCCGUGUUGCCUUGCAAACUACGAUUCACCGAGGCACUUCGAACAUGAACGAAUACAAGUCUUUUAUGAUACUCUUUCUGGCCGAGAUUCUGCGGAGCGGUGUUGAGAACCGCUUACCGGGACAUAUCCUCUAUUGCAUGCGUGCCAAACUCAGCCGCCGACUCUUUAAAGUCCGAUCAUGGGCAGCUCCGUCUCUGGUCACACUUGCCCACGAGGUUGCGCUUGAUACUGAAGAACUGCUCCAAGAUCGAUGGAAGAGCAUUCAGGAUGCGCACGUGCGGGCAGCCAAGUGGGCACCAAACGAGCUAGAUGUUAUUGGGGACACUAGCCUCAACUUGAAAAAUUGCAGGUCUUACAUCAGUGCUGCUCUCGUCCCGGGGAUUCCCGCCGAUCCUAAUGCUGCAUUCCAAUCACAUCAUCCACGAUUAUUCAAUAAUCUCUUUGACGACGAACCCGGGGUUUUUUCGGCAGCAGUAAAAGCCAAUGGAUUUGUUGCGCUUUGGGAUUUUGAGCGUUGCGUAAAAAAUCACAUUGACGAAUGGGUAUCUCGGCAAAUCUCCGACCACAACUGCGAAAGUGCUUGCGACUUAAUUUUUCAUUACAUGACGACAUACGCCGACGAGGCCGGGGAUUUGUACAAAGGGGCACCAGCGGAACAGUCCAUUAUGCUCCUCACGCUUUUUGAGUUGUGGAUGGCACUCGACAUUUUGGCAGCGACUAUCUGUCCCCUCUUGAAGGAUUAUUCGCCUGAGGUUCCACUGACUCUAUAUGAGGGCCUCCUGCUUUCGAAAGCCGAGCCGUUGGAACGCAUCUCGAGGAUCCAGGCGUACCUGCGCAAGCGGUAUCACGAAGCUGGCAGUGACCCUCGGUCGGUCUUCUCAGAAGUUGUCGACGCGGAAACCUUCGCAGUCAGAUUUUUCGAUUCGUCCCCGUCGCUCCAGGAUCUUAAGAGCACCAUAGAGCAGCAAGCGAUGAUGAGUCAACAACUUCGCGAGCUUCACUUGCUGAAGUUUGAAUAUAAGAAAAUAAUGAAACAAGCAGGCUCUCACACUGUGGAUCGCAUGAGGUCCAGGCACAAUCCGGAAUCUUGUGAAGAAUGCCGUUUCAAAUGGCGGGCAAGAGCCCUGAGGACAGUUAUUCGCGAAUGGCCCCUUCCACAAGAACCAGUACGAGCCAAAUUCAUUGUGUUUGAACGAGCAGUUCCUAGCGUUUUCAAGACUUGGAGGGAGACGACUUAUUGGCUUCUCCGUGACAUCUGUGCGUCGAAGGAAGGAAGGACACUUACCACGGGGGAAUCGUAUAUCCCCUCAGGCUCACGGAAGUCCCCCUUCGGUGAAGAACGUCGCGUCCCAACUUCUCAACAGCGAAUAUCGUUAGCACCGGAGGUGGAAAUCCCAGACAAGGAAAGCGGUGUCUCUCGAACGUACACAGCUUCCUGUCGGCUGUGGGACAGCAGCCAUCGCAGAUGGAUAUAUCCUCCAUCUGGUUACUGCGAUCUGAGUCACAGGACUUCCAUGCGGAUACCGGAAGAGUCCCCAUAUGCUUCCUUGAAACGCUUUGCGUUGGGAACAUCCCACACCUCUCGCGAAGUUCUUGCAAGCCAACAUGAAUGUCCCUCUUCGCUUAGCCUACGCAGUUUCGUCGCCUUCGGUUCGUUACGCGCUGGGGUCCGGUUGCAGUGGUACAAUAUUGCCCGAGAGAUUCCCUCCGGAAAUCUAAAUUUCCAGUGCGAGGAGGUGUAUGACCUCAUCUCCCAGGCUGUGUGCCAAGUCGGAUGCCUUUCCAGCGAUGGUAUUUGGGAAUGUCACCAGGUUUUACAAGAGGUACCAUUCGGUAAUGUGUUAUUGGACGUCCUUGAACAGCUGGGGACGGAUAUAGAGGGGAACUGGCGCCAGGGUAUCACAGCACUGGGUAUCACUACACUAGCUUCUCGACUGCUGCUCUCGGCUGUAGCACAGCCGAUCAUCAAUAGAACGUACAACCUACUCCAGAAGAUCCGAGACACCACUUUGCGCUGGUUGCACGAACUUCUGGCACUUCAAUCACACGCUGAAACUAAAACUGGACGGGGGAGCUAUCGGCGAGCAAUAUGUCAAAUAGCUGCGGUUUGUAGGAGCUCAUUUGAUGUCGAUGCAUGCCAUGCUGGCUCACUCCUUCGAACUCCGGAAGAUGUUGCCAUAUUCAUUGAAUGUGCUAUCAUCCGUUGUAGCCACUCUCCCCUAGAAAUCCUCACUGCGGCAGACCUUCAUUUGCAUGGAACUUCUUGUUACCCGCAUCCAGGAGGGGGGACCAUGCUGGGUAUUAACGGGGCAAUAUCAGCUGUUUGGAGUGGUAUCGAUCCGGCAUGUUGCUGGACAAGGCUACCAAGACCUAACGACCGUUGGUUGACCACUACCGUAGAUGUGGCGCUUUGCUCUGAUGGAAAACCACCUGGUUGGUUGCCAUUUGCCAUUCGUAGGCGUUCGGUAUACAAAGAACUCUUUGGUGCAAGAAGCCCGGAAGUUGUUCCAUCGGAUAUGGAAGACAUGGACUAUGUUAGCAAGGCUCACAUGUUCUACAAGUUUCAGCUCGAGACCAAGGAUAUUGAUGAGACAAUUCACUUUGGGUGGCGAGAUGGAGGGCUCAUUGUACGAACCAAAUCCCCUGCGCUUGAUGGGAAGAGCUAUCGGGUCUUGGAAUUGUUACCACGUGAAAUCUUCGAAGGGGAUCUGCCACCUAUUCUGGUAAAGGAAUAUUUUCAUUGGAUGGAGUUAUCUACUUGUCAAAUUGAGCUGCGGCCUAAGGAGACACCCUGGACAACCUCCCGAUCGAACUGGCACCUCCGUCGUACUGCAUGCUCCACAUGGGUCAUGGAUAAAGGGUCAUCUGUCAGACUAGUUGACUGCCAAAGCCGCACGGCCGAGAUGAUUCAUGCUAUCCUUCGUCCACUUGAACCUGAAAGUAACAUUCUUAUCACAAUGGCAAGGUCGUCGAUGCAAGAAUUGCGCAUCGAUAUUCCCCGGCUCCAGCUCUCCUUCACCCUGAAAGGCGGAAGGCUGCAUUCAUUAAACUUUCCGGGUUUCGAAGUAGAUAGUAGUAAUCAAUCAACAGGCACAAUGCUAGGCCUCCGCAGUCAGUUGGUUUUGCGCCGCAGCGGAGAUCUCGUUCCUGGCGUGGAGCUUAAUUAUUCGAGGCGGGUCAUAAUCCCGACGGGGGAUGUGUCUAUCGCAAGUGACGGUGACCACGUCGCUGUGACGAUUGAUAACUCGGAACCGUUAUGCGUCAAAUAUUGUGAUUAUGACGUUGAUGUCUUACUGGGCCGUCUGGUUGGAGAUGGAAGUUUGCCCAGCGCAUUAUUCCAGUCACUUCUUCAUGCCAUUACUAGUUACUGCUUGCCCGAUCCUCUCACGUCAUUGUCAGGAGUCGAGGAAGCGAUCCAAAUCCUUCAAUCAGCGCGUUGCAAAUCAUUCCAAAGUCUUGGUGACUGGGAGUGGCAGCUUCUGCGUCGGUUAUCGGCGUUAACACCAUCAAGAAUUCGGGAACGGCCCAAUGAACGGCGUCGGGAACGGCGUCGGUCACCGUAUCAGCAACGGGAACGCGGACGGGAACGCGAACUGGAACGCGGACGGGAACGCGAACGGGAAUGGAAUCGGACACAGCAUUUGAGAAAGCUUUGGAACGAUGGUAUUGGAGAAGUCGUUUGGAAUGAAGCACUCAAUCCGCUUGUUCAACACGGUGCCUUUUGGGAUGAGACCCGAUCUAUUUUCAAAUGGGAUAACGAAAUGGAUAUCCCCGAUCCUUCCAUAGGUUUCAGAGAUUCGGAAAGUGAUCGGAUAGAAUUACACCUGCUUUCCCGUGCUAGAUGUCACAAUGCAGUCUGGUACGGCCCUGAUCUUCCAUGGGGCAUGCGGGGUGUAGACAUGAUAUACGAAUCUAGGGACGCUGACGAUGGGUUCAAUACCACCCGUAUUCGUGCUGCAUCCAAUGUCUCUAGUUUGGUGUUCCAUUGUCCUCGUCGGCUAAAGACCCCCAAAGAUCUUCUGUCUCAUAUGGAAUCAUGGACGGACGACAUCAGAGGUUCUUCCCCCAAUCACUUGUCGGAUGUGCGUUUGGGAUUCAGCAAGGAAUGGCUGUCCCUGAGCAUGCCACGCAAAUGGAUUCCUUUGUACAAUGCCUGUCGAACGGAGGGUUGGGGAAACCAUACUCGUUUCAAACUGUUGUUUAGUCUUUCGGCACUGGGCCACUCUAAUCCUUCACUUGAGAACUUGGUCCCUGCUCUACUUGCAUUCACAUGCUUCCCCGAGUUCCGUUCCAUUGAUCCACCGUUGUGGCCUGAAUACGAUUUGCACAUGGGCUACAAACCAAAUGCACCCCAACUCUAUGACAUCAUUACGGCACCGAUCCGUCCAGGCAAAUUGAGUCGCCGAGCAUCUUCUCAAGUUUCUUUUCUUGUCAAAAAUUUAAUCCGUCAGUGGGAUCAUGAACCUACAGGAGCGCCAACAUUACCAAGUCUGCCGGAUGGCGAUGUGUGGCUGAUCAACACCUCUGACGCCAUGGUCAAUGUGACUCAGUUGUUUGAACAGUGGUUUGGAAACUGGGGAUUACGCCAGCACAUUCGGGCAGUCCAGACAGUAUUGGACAAACACCGGACUUGGACUUCAGAUGCUCCGGUUCCACCAAUAUAUUCGUUUCCGACCUCCUUACCACUCGGAUUAGUGGAGCCGUCCAUCGUAUCAUACAGUGACGUCUUUCUCCGACAACCUCCGAUUCUUGCAUGUACGCCAACCCCUCUGGAAACGAAAAAAUGGUGGACCAUCAAAUCGCCUUUGGAACAUAAUGAUAGCCUCAAACCUCUCAUUUCAACUCUCCGCUCAUCCCACGACCGGAUAUACCAGAAAUACGGUGCUGAUCUCGAGGCUAGCCGCAAUGCAUUGCACGACAUACAAAUCAGCGCGGAGCGGGUGGAAUCCCUCCAAGAAGAGCUUUAUCGUGAUCACCAGAUGUACCGAUCUCAUCUCUCUCAUGUGUUAGGGCAAAUCCGACGGGUACUCAAUCCAGACCCUCAGUCCGAGCGAGUACAGGAGGUUAUGCGGGUUGCAGGACUAUGGCCGAAGAGCACCACUCGUUCUUUACUGCACCACCUAUCAUUCUCAUCCCGUUCAACAGUAAACUUAUCCCCCGAAUGGAAGAAUGUCCUCGUUUGCCUCGCCCAGUCCAUACUGCUUUGGCAGCGAUCGGAGAGAUUGGUAAGAUUAGGACCCAAAACCGACGAAUUUCUGAAGGAAUGUUCGAGUUAUCCUGAUCUGCAUGACAUUUCUGACGACUGGCUGCUCGUCCAGAUUGACUCCAACUUUCUUGCGCGCCCUCUUCAAGUUGAUGUUGCGUGUAACAUGAUGUUUCCUCGCUCACAAGGCAAUACCAUCCUUCAACUCAAUAUGGGGGAGGGAAAAUCGUCCGUCAUUGUUCCGCUUAUUGCCGUAUCUCUAGCAGAUGGACAAAAACUAGUCAGAAUCAUCGUGCCAAAGCCCUUAGCAAAUCAAACAUUCCAGUCACUGGUUCAACGCUUGAGCGGCUUAGCGAAUCGGCGAAUAUAUUGCAUGCCGUUUUCCCGUGCUAUCGCAGUGAAGCCGGAUGCUUUUCAAACGAUCUACCAUCAGUGCAUGAAUGUUGGUGGCAUACUGGUUAUGCAGCCUGAACACGUCCUAUCGUUCAAACUCACGGGCAUUGAACGACAGCUCUCAUCGGCUAGGCGCAAGGGAACUCCGACUCCAAAUGCAAUGCUGGAGCUACAGCGAUGGCUGGACGCAAACGUUAGGGACAUUUUGGACGAGAGUGACGAGAUUCUGGCGGUCAAGUGUCAACUUGUGUACGCAGUUGGCACUCAGCAGCCCCUAGGUCCUCAGCCUGUCAGAUGGACUACGGUGCAGCAUGUGUUUUCCAUCCUGCGUAGUAGGGGCGGGCUUCUUAAUCAGCUGGCUUCUCAAGGGGAUCUCGAGCUCGAUCAACGAGACGGAUACUUCCCUCGACUUCGCAUUCUCAGACAUGAGGCUGGCGUCCAAAUUUUGAAAUCUCUUUUACGAGGAAUAAUGCAAGGGGAGUCUCCUGAUCUACCUCCGUUCAGGCUAUUUCAUGGAGGGGUACGACAAGAAGCAGAGGCUUUCAUCGCUCAAAGGGAUCCCGGAAAACUUGAUGAAUUGCGAAAUCACUGUCGCAGUGACGACUAUCUAUGGAGCAUUCUGCUCCUGCUGAGAGGCCUUUUUGCGCAUGGGAUACUUAUGUACAUUCUCAGUGGACGUAGGUGGCGAGUAGACUAUGGGCUUGACCUAACGCGGUCGCUUCUCGCCGUGCCCUAUCGUGCAAAGGAUGUGCCUGCACUGAGAGCAGAGUUCAGUCACCCGGACGUCUGCAUCUCUCUGACAUACCUCAGCUACUACUAUGGCGGAUUGUCUUACGAUCAGCUUGAUAUAUGCUUCAAGCAUAUCAACGAACUAGAAGACCCUGUAGCGGAAUAUUGCAAGUGGAUUAAGGACAAUUGCUUGGUGCCAGACUUCCUCCACAAUUACAGUGGUUUCAACCCGGAUGACCGCGAACAAAAGAUCCAGCAUCUCUAUCCAGCUUUCGAAAGGAACCCAUCGACGAUUAACUUCUUCCUCUGUCAGGUGGUUUUUCCGAAGGAAGCCAAGACAUUUCCUCAAAAACUUUCCACGUCCGGUUGGGACAUCGCCGAACGAAGGCAACAGGUAACGACGGGUUUUAGUGGUACCAAUGACAACCGCUAUCUCCUCCCCACUUCUAUUCAACAGGAUGACAUCCCUGCGCAAUUGGGUAUAAAUGCUAAGGUGUUGAAUUUGAUGCUGCAGCCUGAGAACGAUCACUACCAGAGUGCGGCGAGUAGCAAGUUUCUGGACCUCAUCGUCAAGGAGACUCCUCAAAUCCGAGUUUUGUUGGAUGUGGGUGCUCAGAUGUUGGAGUACUCCAAUAAGGAAUUGGCAUCGAUAUGGCUUUCGCGAGAUGUAUGCGAAUGCGCAGGUUGGGUAGGGGACAAUCUGUCUUAUUUCUCGCCCCUCCUGAUGUGGAUCGCAAAAUCCGCAAGCUUUCCAAAAAGACCCAUGGAGAACGAAUUGGUGUAUACGACGUUCUUUCCUGGUCCAUCAGGGAGACAUGUGCUAGCCUACGGCGUUAUAGUUGUGAAUGGAGAGAGCAAGGCAUUCAUUACAUCGACAGGCAAUGCGCAUGGAAAGAGUUUUGGACAUCCUACAUCCGUCGCACCUCAGUGUUAG